GCAUGCUGGUCCAAUACCGCCAUCUUGGGAUUCUAGAGGGAGGGUGCAAUCGCUUCCGUCUCAGUCAUAUUUGCCCUCUGAAAUAAUAGUUAUUCAAGUUUUGGCCACUUAAAAGACAAGACUGACUAAAGGCGAAGUUCCUGAACCCUGGUUGAUCUUGGGGGCAGCCAUGCCGUUGAUAAAACGGCUCAUCGAGCCGACGGACUUGAGCAGAGGCAAAAUCGGAGACAACUUGGCCAACGAACUAGAGGCCGUAUCUGUAAAUACUUUGUGCGGAAUUAUGCGCCAACUUAGCAGCUUAUCCAAACAUGCCGAGGACGUCUUUGGGGAACUUUAUAUGGAAGCUAAUAAUAUCUUUAAGAGGAGUAAUUCUUUGCAGGAACGAAUCCAUAAUUUGUCGAUGAAAGUCACUCAACUCGAUUCCGCUGGAGAACAGAUUUCAUUGCAGGAUAUCAACAUGCGGAAAGCUUUCAAGAGCACAAUAAUUGUUGACCAGCAAGUGCUAUCUUGUAAUACUCUGCCCUCUGCCAUGAGGGAUAGAUAUAAUAUGUGUGAUAAACCACCACGGCUAUCGGAUAUGAAUAAGUACCGAGAUGACGACAAGGAUGCUCUCAAAUUCUACACCGACCCAACCUACUUCUUUGAGCUCUGGUGUGAGGAGAUGAAAAAGGAGACAGAAAAGAAGAAAAAGAAGAAGAAGCAUAACCGAGGUCGAGUCAACACAAGGACCAAGGCACCUGUGAAAGCUGUCAGGAAAAAGGUGUAUUGCCCACAGGGCGAAGAGUUUAAGACUCCAUCACAUACCAUCACCACAGUACCUCCAUCUCAGCAAAACAAUACCAUAUUACAAGAGCAAACAAAUGAGGACCAUGCCAAGCAAAAUGGGGAUAUACCAUAUACACCUAACCAUAUGAUGGAGCCAGAAGCUGGGAAGGGUAGAAGUGCGUCGCCUGGAGCGAAGAGAGUUUCCAGGAGAUAUACAAAUACUCAGCGGCCAACAUCUCAACCACCACCUCCUCCACCUCUGACUGGAGGUAUGCUACCACCCCCAUUCGGUGGGCACCCGGCUGCUGCCCCGCCUCCUCCACCCCUGCCUGCAGGGGUCCCAGCACCCCCUCCUCCUCCACCUCCACCCAUGUUAGGCGGGCCCAAGAUAAAGACUUCAGAUUCUCAAGCAUCCGUUGGAUCAGGGUCCUCCCAAGCUGCAGUUAACUCGCCCUCAUCAAACUCCCUGACACCGUCUGAGUCCAGUACAAGCAUCCAGAGCGAGGCACCAAUGCCGACAGAAGAGAUUGACAGCCGCAGUGACCUCCUUGCCGCUAUACGUCAUGGUAUGGCAUUGAGAAAAGUACAGGUGCAGGAGAAGAAGAAGGGUAAGGAUGAAUCAAUCAUGGACGUUGCCUCCAUCUUGGCUAGGAGGAUAGCAGUUGAAUACUCGUCUAGUGAAGAGGAGAGUGACGGGUCUGAGUGGGACGACCCUGAUGAUGACUAAGGUAGUGCUUCAGGUUAGGCUCUAGGGAGUUGUUUUUGUAAUAGUGGAAAUAAUUGCUAAAUAAUCAUGCAAUGCCAGGGCAGACUUAAAGCCCCAUGCAAACAAGGUGGUGGACAUAUUUCAACUAACUACCAACACCACACAUUAUAUCCACACUAGUGUAUACCCAAAACCACACCUUCUAUGUACCCACAGUAGUGUAUACCCAACACCAAACCUUAUACCAACACUUUAAAGAGUGCACGUUCAUUGUUUUCUUCACCUUGUACUUAAGCUCUGGGGACUUUGCCGACAAUGUAAGCUAAUGUAGUGGUCUGGUUUAUAGUACCUUGUUUCAGUGAGCUCUGUGAUUACUUCACAUUGACUAUCAUUAACGUGGCAGGCCAUCAAAUACUUGAAGGGGGCACGAUACUGGGACACUGCCACGCCCCUCUUGGUCCUCCCUUUGCUCGUCACAGGUGCUGAACUAUCUGUACUCUUGUUUCUCAGGAUUAUGAAAACCAAUUUAUGUAUCGGGCACUUCAAUCAUUCAAACCCUUUCACUUAUACAAAAACAACUCCAUUCCUUACUUAAUCUUUGAAUUGUGACAUAUAGUAUUUUUUAGAAAUUUUCAACGAAAUUGAAUGAGAUAUGAUAGCUUCUAGGUACGUUUGACAGGUUUGGCACUUUCCAUUCCCAGCAUAUUACAUAUUAGGAUAAAAUGUUUAUUCUUGUACUACUUUGGACACAGAACUUAUGACUACAAGACACAUGUUACAACCUCAGUCAUAGUUGUAGAUUUGUGAUUUUCUUUAUUCAGUGGCAAUUUUAUAAUCAUUGUUGACUUUGUCUCAUUUUAUAACCUCAAUGGUAAAUUUAAAAUCAUUGUUGAUUUGGACUGACAUUUUUUGCCACAUUGUUCUCUCUUUUGUGGGGGUUGAAAAAAGUCUUUCCUGUCAAAAGUGUACAUUUCAUUGAUGUUUUUUUGCUGGAAAUACAUAUUACAUCACUUCGCUUUUCCUGGAUACUAAACCAUCUAGUUAUUCUACAGUUUAUCUGUAGUAUUUUUAGUCAGACCAUUCUAAUGAUGACUGUGGUGGUACUCUCGCUUGCCAUAUGUUCAUCAAUGCCUUCCGUGUUCAUUGGGGCAGAAGAGUUAGCCUGAGUAGAGUUUGGAAGUCCAAAAUGUAUUUGAACAUUUUUGCACAUAGAUGAUUAACAGAUAUGACAUAGAAAAAUGUAUACAGGUUGGGGAAAAUAUUUUAAUUCCCAGUUUUCUAUUGCUGUCCUUCACCCUUAAAACUUUUACAACAAGGUACAUAUUAUAUGGGAACUGUACUGUCCUUUGGACAUAAUCAAUAUCAUCCAGUAUUAUUUACAUAAUAGUGCAGACAACAAUGUAGCAAGAAUUUUGAGCGGGGGGGCGGGGGGGGGGGGGGGGCGAUUAACCAAUAAGCGGACCAUUUUCUCUUAGGUAGCUCCUCCUAGCUCAUAGUGGAACUUUCCUCAAUAAGAGUGAACCUUACAGUCAAGUGUGGGGGGUUCUUUCAAAUCUCUAGAACCCCCUCUGGCAACUGGCCUGUGUUGUGCCAAUGUUAUGCAUUGUGUAGACUUUUCAAUAGCCAAUGUUUUUCGCAUCAUAAUCAUAAUCCAACCUUUUGCACUAAUUUGAAAAGAGACACUAAAAUGCUAUUAAGGAACUUUGUGGAAUACUCAUAUUUUUAUAGACUAUAUAUUUGGAUCAAAAUAAGUAUGAUAAUUGUAGAACCACAUUAAUUGCAGUGUCUUUACACCACUAUUGAUACAGAAGAUUGUGCACUGCCUCAGGAGAGCUUUAGUUUAUAAGAAAAAGCUCAGCUAUGUAUCAGGACUAUCAACAGGGUUCUGCUAACUAUGUUUCUAAGGAUUCUGCUAUGUAGCAGAGUGCUCUGCUAUGCCUUAGAGGGCUCUGCUAUGUAUCCGAGGGCUCUGCUAUGUAUUAGGGGGCUCUGUAAUGUAUAAGAGGGCUCUGCUAUGCAUUAGGGGGCUCUGCUAUGUAUCGGAAGGCUCUGCUAUGCAUAAGAGGGCUCUGCUAUGCAUUAAAGGGCUCUGCUAUGCAUUAGAGGGCUCUGCUAUGCAUUAGGGGGAUCUGCUAUGCAUUAGGGGGCUCUGUAUAUCCUAGGGCUCUGCUAUUCGUUAGGGGACUCUGUGAUGUAUCGGAAGGCUCUGCUAUGCAUAAGGACUCUGUUAACAGCAGGAUGAAUGGGGAGUAAGGACCAUGAAAGAGUAAAUGCCCCCAUGUUACCUUCCCACCAUGCCUUGCACACACCUUGCUUCCAUGAUUUUGAGUACAAGGCAGAUUGUACACACACCUUUUUUCAAAUGAGGUUAUGCGACAGAAUCGAUGUGUCAUAACCGACAGCAGCUCGCAGGUGACAUAUGAAUAGCUGAAAUACCUGGUCUCUGCAAGAUGCCUGAUUUUGUGUACAGGCAUGUUAAAAAAAGAUACUGCUUUCAUUUACUUGUAUCUCCCUGUUUCUAUGACACCCAUAAAGCAGUGCUGGCCAUGGCACAUGGAUUCUCAGUGUGGAGCCUUAUUUGAAACAGGUUUAUAUUGAAAGUGGUAAAUACCUACUAUGCUGUUACAUGUAAUAAAAAAUCAAUAGUUUUA